AUGUUCUUCCGUGUUGUUUCAGUAUCGAGAAUACAAGAGGCCAGACGACGAUACUUGGCCAUUUUUCAUUUACAAUCACAGAAAAAGAAGAUUUGGAAUAUCAUUGAGAAAACAUGUCUUGUAAACUCAUUGUAGCCGCUGUUGUAACGUUACUUCUAAGCGUCAGCUGUUUUGCCAAGCAAUCUGAUCCAAAGGUCCAAGUAUACAGCCGCAAUGUUGGAUUGUAUGGGCAAAAGAAUGUGCUGAUUUGCCACGCAAGUGGCUUUCAUCCUCCUGACAUCAUCAUUGAUCUCCUCAAGAAUGGUAAUGUGAUUCCUGGAGCUACACAGACCGACCUGGCCUUCGAACAAGGUUGGGACUUCCACCUGACAAAACAUGUCGAAUUCUUGCCCCAGAGUGGAGAAGAGUACACCUGCAGAGUACGACACAUGACCACCACCAAGAGCUACACAUGGGAGCCUGACAUGUGAAUGUACAACACAUUUAGAUUUCUACAAAACAACAGAGCCAUCAAGCUGCAUAAACUCCAAGAAUUCUGCAAUACUACAAACUCAAGAAUAACCAUUAGCUUUGAUUACAUUAUGAUGUCAGUACAAUCUCUCAGCUUCACAGCUUGGCUGCACUAUGCUUCCAUAUCUUCAUUGUCCUUCUGAAACUUUGGAUGUCCAAAUUCGCUGUUUUUCAGGAAAUGGAAAAACACUACUGUACUACUUAAAUGAUUAAAUACUGUGUUGUCACAGUUGACAAGCACUUUUUUAUACUUCUUAUUGGUUGGCUAUUUGCAAAACCCAGUGACAAACAUAAAGGGUGACUAAUAAUAAUGAUUUAUGGCAAAAAAUAAAUAGAAACCACAAAAUAUGGAGAUACGAGGUUUCAGAAUGAUAGCAGCUAUAUAUCUGUUUAAACUCAAGUAGGUUUGUGACUAUAGACAAAUUAUUUUUGAGUAAUUGAUUUCUAUUUGAUGUAUAUAACACUGAAUAUAUGUCUGGAUACCAUGUAUAUCGCAACAAUUGACUAAAUUGCCUAAGUUUCCACUUUACAACAUGAGCACUUCUUUAAAUUUGUUUAUAUUGUGUGUUUUUUGCCUCUAUUAUAAGAUUAAAGUAAACUAUAGAGCAUAUUAUUUGAACAUCCCUUGUAAUAAAAAAUAAUAUUUGUAAGCAGGGCAGGGUCUGGGGGGUGCAAUGCCCCUCCAGAUUUUUCUUGAGCCCCUCCAAAAAUAUCCAGCUGACAAUUAAAAUAAUUCAAAAUGAUUAUUUAAUAAUUAUUAUUAUGAAAUACUUAAUUGUUUAAUCUAUUAAAUGAUAAUGUGUUAAUUUGAUUACAAAAAAAUAUAAAAUGAUGCAAGCAAUGAACUUUGAUUAUACAUUUGCCCAACCAGAAUAUGUAAUCGCCUCCCAAGUCGAGCCAGCCUUUUACCGGGCCUGUUUGUGACCCAGAGAAUGUUCUGUGAAAAAAAUGAACUUUAGCUGGGUUUUUUUGGAGGCAGGGCCCUUUUUUUAUCAAAAAUAAAAAAAUGAAUUUGAUUUGACUCACUUAUGAAUUCAAUAAAAUGAUUUGUUCUUUAA